AGAAAAAACCAAGUCGGCUUUGGCUUUCUUUCUUUCUUUCUCUAAUAAUUGUGGGCCAUCUCAGACUCAGAGAGAGCUUCCUCGUUCUCGACAAAACCCUAAUCUUUUCAUUUUUUUUUUCAUAUAAUCCCCCUCUCGGAGGAAAAAAAAAUCCCUAAAAAAAAUUUCAAAGAAAAGAAAAAAAAUAAAUAAUCCCCAAAUGAAUAAAACCCUAGAGCUCAGAUCUAUUUGUUGAUUCAGAAUCAUAACUCAGGUUCGGUCGCAGAUCUUAAUUCUUCAGGUUCCGAUCUUGAUCUUGUUCUCUCUCUCUUUUUUCAGGAUUUUUUUUUUAGAUUUUCUUUUCGGGAUUUUUGUUAUGAUACUUGCAGAUCUGUGUAUUUUAAGAAAUGUCUGAUGUAUUAAAAGACGAUUCGAUUGAAAUCAGAGAUGUAUGGAGUGAUAAUCUAGAAUCUGAGUUUGAAUAUAUUCGUAAAAUAGUUGAUGAUUUUCCAUAUAUAGCUAUGGAUACUGAGUUUCCAGGGAUUGUUUUGCGUCCAGUUGGUAAUUUCAAAACUAGUUCUGAAUAUCAUUAUCAAACACUUAAAGCAAAUGUUGAUAUGUUGAAAUUGAUUCAAUUAGGGCUUACUUUUUCUGAUGAAGAUGGGAAUUUACCAACAGGGAACGAUAAUAAGUACUGUGUUUGGCAAUUCAAUUUUAAGGAGUUUAAUGUGAAUGAUGAUGUGUUUGCUCAAGAUUCCAUUGAAUUGUUGCGUCAAUGUGGGAUUGAUUUCGGUAAGAAUAGUGAAAAGGGGAUUGAUGCUCUUCGUUUUGGUGAGUUGUUGAUGACAUCUGGGGUUGUGUUGAAUGAUAAUGUUCAUUGGGUUACGUUUCACAGUGGUUAUGAUUUCGGGUACUUGUUGAAGCUGCUCACUUGUAGGACAUUGCCUGAUUCACAGACUGAGUUUUUCGAGCUUAUCAAAGUGUUUUUUCCAGAGAUUUAUGAUAUCAAACAUUUGAUGAAGUACUGUAACAGCCUUCACGGUGGGUUGAACAAGCUUGCGGAAUUGCUUCGUGUGGAACGAGUUGGGGUUUGCCAUCAAGCUGGUUCUGAUAGUUUGCUCACUGCUUGUACAUUCAGGAAACUGAAACAGCAAUACUUUAGUGGAUCAACUGAGAAAUACUCAGGUGUGUUGUAUGGUCUUGGUGUUGAAAAUGGCCAAAAUACUAAUUGAAAGAAAAAGUUCAGAAUUAUUAAAUAAAAAAAAAAAAAAGGUUUGGUUGAUUAGA